AUGGCCAAACCCCACAAAGCGGACGCCACCACCACCAAGGCCACAGCCCUCGUCCAACAACAUGACAGUGCCCUGGACGAAGCCAUCAACUUCGAACGCUCCCUCUCCUUCCUCCAAGCCUGCACCCUCUACCCCUCCGCCAUCUUCUGGUCCGCCUUCGUCUCCAUGGGGGUAAUCAUGCUCGCCUUCGACCCCCAGCUCCUCGGCAACCUGUACGCCAUGCCGCAAUUCCGCAAAGACUUCGGCUAUCUGUACCAAGGAGACUUGUACAUCAUCAGCGCCCCCUGGCAAACCGGUCUGUCAAUGGGCAACCCCGUCGGACAAGUCGUCGGCGCCUUGAUCGCUGGCUAUCCCAUGGAACGGUUCGGGAGGAAGUGGACUUUUGGGACGUGCGUCGCGCUGACGGGUUGUCUUAUUUUUAUUCAGUUCUUUGCCCGCAGUCUGCAGGUGUUGCUGGUUGGUGAACUUUUGGGAGGGCUGGUGUUGGGGUGCUAUGCUGUUAUUGCGCCUGCGUAUUCGAGCGAGGUUUGUCCGAUGGCUAUUAGGGGGGUGUUGACGAGUUAUGUCAAUUUGUGCUUUGUUAUUGGGCAGUUGUUGGGGAAUAGCGUGUGUGCGGGCACGAGCAAGUUGAGUGAUCAUUGGGCUUAUUCGAUCCCGUUUGCGCUGCAGUGGUUUUGGUGUUUGGUUAUUCUGCCGGGGCUGGUGUGGGUGCCGGAGAGUCCGUGGUGGUUGGUGAGGAAGGGGAGACUGGAUGAGGCGGAGAUGGUCUUGCGGAGGCUGGCGUCGGAGAAGGUUGAUGUGGUAAAGACGUUGGCGGUGAUUGUGGAGACGGAUCGGUUGGAGCAGGAGUUGGAGAUGGGGAGUACUUAUUGGGAUUGUUUUAGGGGCGUGAAUCUCCGCAGGACGGAGAUUUCGAUGGGUGUUUACUGUACGCAAGUGUUGAGCGGGAUUUACUUGAUCAAUUAUGGGACAUAUUUCUUUCAGCUUGCUGGUUUGGACACAGAUGAAGCAUUCAACAUGGGGAUUGGGUUUUUAGCCGUCGGCUUCCUAGGCACCAUCCUCUCCUGGCCCCUAUUAAUCCGCUACGGCCGACGCAAAAUCUACAACACCGGCCUCCUAACCCUCGUCAUCCUCCAGAUCAUCAUCGGCAUCCUCGACUGCAUCCCCGGCCGCCCCAAUGGUGUUAUCUGGGCUGAAUCCUCUCUGAUGCUAGUGUGGAACUUCUUCUACGACAUAUCCAUCGGUCCCGUCUGCUUCGUCAUCCUGUCCGAAGCCAGCGCCACCAGGGUGCGAUCGAAGAGCAUUGCCCUUGCUACUGCCGCUCAGGGCGCUCUCGGCUGCGUGAUGACGGUUGCGAUUCCUUACAUGAUCAACCCCGAUCAGGCGAACAUGCAGGGCAAGUUGGGCUUCUUCUUUGGGGGGCUUGCUGCGUUGUGCUUGGUUUGGUCGUAUUUGAGAGUUCCGGAGACGAGGGGGAGGACGUAUGAGGAGCUGGAUAUUCUGUUUGAGAGGAAGGUUGGGGCAAGGCAGUUUGAGGGGUACGUUAUUGAGAGUGAGGGUGUUGACUGA